AUGGAGUCUGUGUUAACCCCUGUACUAGUUGGUAGAAUUGUUGAUUGUAUAGCCCAGUUAACUGGAAUAGCUGAAGGGCUUCUACAGUUGAUUUCACAAGGACGAGUUCCUCGUGAAGAGCAAGAUGACAGAGCAGAACAGAUAGAAACAGAUGUACCUCUUUCCGAAGAAGCUUCACUACCAGACCUUCCUGAACUCUCAGACUUAGAAUCAAUACUUACACAAAGAGAAGACGAAGACUUAACCUUGGAUACAGAUCAAGCUAUGUUAGACAUAGAUGGAUUAUAUGAAGAAGUACUCUUUAAUAUUAACAAUGACUUAAGUAGAUAAAACCUCAUUUGCCUCCACCAGCAUGUGAAAAGUGAUCAUUUCUCUGUGUCAAAUAUAUUCUAAUUUUUCUGAAUGUUAGCAAUAACAGUUUUUC